AUGCCGAUGCCGUUCGGAUACGGGCAGAUGAUGGUGCCGGGCCCGCCACCACCACCCAUCGCUGUAGCAGUGCCCGUAGGCAUCCCAAUACCAUACCCUGAGACUACUACUACUACUACCACCACAACCACCACUGUAUCCAGUGGUACCGGUGAGGGUAACCGAGGCGUUGGAAUACCCAUCGCGAUACCGGUUCCGGUGCCACAUUUUGUACAGAUAGCAAUUCCAGGAUUUCAGCCACCAAAUUGUGCGCCUAAAGGCAAUACACAAAACGGUAACAAGAACUGUCCGCCCUGUCCUCCAUGCUCGUGUAAUCCAUGUACACCUUCAUUCUUCGCCUACUGUUCGCCUUGUCACCUCCAGUGCAGAUGUAAGAACGGCCAAGAAAACCCAAAACCUCAAGAUCCAAAACCUCCUCAGCCUCUCCCGGGCCCCGCGUUUCCGAUGCCUAUACCAAUGCCUGCUCCACCACCAGUAGUUAUUGUCCCAUUCCCGCCCCAGUUUAGUAAACGGCAAGAUUCUUCCGAGUGCACUCACACCGUCAGUACGUCUGCGUCGAGUGAAGAUUCUGACUCUUGCACUGAUGAUGAGAGUCGUUACAGAAGUAAACGCAAAAGAGGUAAGAAGCGAAGAAAGCCCAAAUAUGAUAUUUAUAGACGAAAUUUUGCUGAUGUCAAGAAUAAAGAUAGACUGGUCAAACCCGUACUGACGUAUUUGUCAAGAGAUGGAGAAAUCAAAGUGAAGCGACGACUGAGCAAUGAUGAGGCGGCCGCAUUGCUCGAUGACGAUUCAUAUCAAAAUGUGCAGUUGAUAGCAGGGGAAGAUUCGAAUAACAUGCCUAGAGUAGUGGUCAGGUCUCAGUCGCAGCCCGGCACGAGGAGUAACCACCGACGGCGCCAGCUGAUGCUCCACGACGGCAGUCAGCAGCACUCGCUGGGUGACGGUAAGAAGGAGCUGGUGUUCAGGCCGCCGGAGAACAAGAAGAUAAGCAACCUAAAAAUGUGUGUGACCGUCGCAACCAUUGUUCUACUAACACUAAUGUCGGGGGUAAUGACCUUGAGUUUUGACAGUUUUCUGAAAUCGUUACCCUCGAGUAUGCCAGAUGAUCUGAAAUCAAUAAUAGUGCACUUGCGAGAGAAACAUCCGCAAGAGUUUGGUAUAACUAAAACUAAUGCCGACCAAGUAACUGAUAAGCCAUUGUAUGUUAGAGAUAAUAGCCUUAACGCAAUGCUUAUGAAGUCUGCAAACAUAAAGCCAGUGAUUCAGUACAAUGCACUUGCCGCACCAGGAGUUGAAAUUUUAAGGAGUGGAGCACCAACAACAAAAAAUGAGACAAGUACAAGUAGACCUAUACAGACUGAGACGGACAUUCAAACACCGAAAUCACCAGGACCUGAGUUUGGUGACGUACAAUAUCAAACACCAGGGAUCCCUUUGGCACAGGUACCGGCACCAGUGAUGCCAAUAGCAAUCCCUAUGUACCCCAGAAUGCCCAUCAUAGUGCCAGCGAAGACAUACUUUGAACCUGUGAAGCAUGACCACCCACCACUGUACAAGAUACGAGAGAUGAUAGAACGAGAUGAAAAAAAAUGGGCAAAGGAAAAUAAAGGAAAGGACUGCGAUAGUGUCUCCCUGGAAUUGGCUUAUAGUGAUGCUGAUAGUUCAACAAGUACGGACACUGAGUCUGAAUCUAAGAAUAUGGACGUCGGCUCUGAGUAUUAUGAUGGCUUUAUGAAGAUUACUAUCUGA